AUGAGAGGUUCUAUGAACAAAUUUCUACGAAAAACAAAUAUUUCUGAAGAUGAAGCAUUGAAAGACCAGAGUUCAGAAAAAGUGAUUUUAGAUUUGUUGAAUGAAAAUGAUUUUGAAAAUAACAUUGAACUGAAUAGUGGUAGUGAAUUAUCUUCAACUUUUAAAAUUAUAAACUCAUUGAAAGAAAAUACUGUUGAGUCGCCUAAUAUGGAAUCAAAUUUUGGUAUUUCUGAUGAUUUUUCUUUGGAUUUGAAUUGUGAAUUUCCGACUGAUCGUGGAAAGUUUCCUGACAUAAUUAAAAAUUCCAAUUUAAAACGACAAAUAAUUUCAUUUGGUCCUUGCAAACCAAAUAUAAAAUUUCCGCUUAGUACCAUGUAUUUCGAAGACAGUGAAGACAGCAAAAGCCGAAAAUUUUCUGUCGAAUAUUAUUUUACUACAAAUUUGUCUGGCCAAAAAAUACCCCGAGGCUGGCUCUGUUAUUCUAUUAUACUUGACAAAGUAUAUUGUGAAUCGUGUUGGUUGUUUGCGGAUAGAAAACAUUCUUAUUUCAAAUCAAAUUGGAUAAACGGAAUUAACGACUGGCAACAUUUAACACUGAAAAUUAAUAAACACGAAUCAUCUAUUCAGCAUAUUGAAGCUGUUAAAUUACGAAACACUGCCCUACGAGGCAAUGAAAGAAAAUUGUCUGAAACUUCUCCAUCUGAAGGAAAUUUUAUUCGAACUGUUAGACUUCUUGCUGAGUUUGAUCCUGUGUUAAAUAGCUUACUACUCACUGAACAAUCACAAGUUAAAUAUUUGAGUUGGAAAAUUCAAAACGAAUUAAUUGAAAUAUUAGCUACUAACUUGCAACAAUUGAUAUGUGAAGAAAUCAGAUCAGCUCAAUGUUUCUCUAUCAUAAUUGAUUCUACGCAAGAUAUAACCAAGAUUGACCAAGUUAGUUUUAUUUUUCGAUACACAAUUGUUGAUUAUAAAGAAUCUAAGUUGGAAAUCAAAGAAUCAUUUUUAGGAUUUUAUCCCUUAGAUAAACAUGAUGCUGAAGGACAUGUUAAUUUAAUUAAAUCAGUUUUAAGUACUCACAACUUGGAUAUUAGUAAAUGCAGGGGCCAAGGUUAUGAUGGUGCCUCUGUAAUGAGUGGUUGUUUCUCAGGAGUUCAAAAAAGAAUUUCAGACAUAAUUCCUAAUGCGUCAUUUGUACAUUGUGCUGCUCACAAUUUGAAUCUUGUCAGUAGUGCUCCUAGAUGGGCAACUUUGGCCUUAGGCGAUGAUGUUGCAAAAAUUGUAUUAAAAAAAGUGUGUACCACCAGAUGGGAGUCAAGACAUAAUGCAGUUUUUGCCCUGAAAUUUCGGUACAAAGAUGUAUUAAAAUCAUUAACAAUUUCCAAGAAAAUGCAAUCAAUCGAAACAAAUCUUCAUAUUGCAUGUGAAUAUUUACAAUCGGCUGUUACAUCCAUUGAAAAUCUAAGAGAUAAUUAUGAGUGUCUUGUUAAUUCAGCCACAGACUUGUGUAAUAGUUGGGGCAUACCAGUCAAUAACAUUACAAAACGAAAAGUAUUUUCUAAAACGUUUUUUGGUGAUUUAGAUGGAGAUAAACGACAUGAUAUAACACAAGAAAAUCUCAAAGUUAAAGUAUUUUUGCCUGUAAUUGAUACAGCUUUAGUACAACUUAAAUAUCGUUUUCUAGGUUUACAAGAGGUUGUUGAUAAGUUUAACUUUUUACAACCACAAAAUAUGUUACAAUUUAGUGAAGAAAAUCUUGUUAAGGCAACAUAUGACUUUAUUAUAUUUUAUGAAAAAGAUAUAAGUUCAGAUUUUACAAGACAAGUAUUAUCAAUAAAAGAAAUAUUAACUGAUUCACUCUCAAAAAUUAAAAGUAUUAAAGAACUAGCAAAAUGUAUUUUAGAAAAUGAUUUAGGAUCUCUGUACAAAGAUGUUUUAACUGCUUGUGUAAUUUUUACAUCAUUACCUGUCACAGUAGCAUCAGCAGAACGUUCUUUUUCCAAGCUCAAAAUUAUAAAAAAUUAUUUGAGAAACUCUAUGGCACAAGAUAGACUUACAAAUAUCAGUAUACUAAAUAUUGAACGUAACAGAACUCAAGAUUUGAAUAUAAAUCAAGUAAUUGACAAUUUCGCCAACAAAAAAGCUCGAAAAAAGAACUUUUUAAAAUAA